AUGCCGUAUAGGCAGUCUCCUCCUGCAGGGGCUGCUGGCAUUCUGCGUGCCGGUUUGAUUCCCUUACUUGUAUUCAAAUUGAAGACUGAGUCAGUUGAAAUCCAGGAGCUACUCCUUGAUACACUCUCCAGCUGUCUGCAUGUGGAGGCUUCUGAAGCUCUAGCAACUGGUGCCGUUACUAUCCUGAAGGAAAAGCUCACACACUCAUCAGUGGCCAUCAGAAGCAAAGCAGCUUGGGUCCUGUUAGAAAUUGGCACUCAUCCAGAGGGAAAAAGCGUGGUCUGUAAAGAAGUUAUUCCUGUGCUGGUGAGCCUGUUGGAAGAUGCAGAUCCUGAAGUCCAAGCUAGUGCAGCAGGAGCACUGAUGCUUGCUACUGUUAAACCUCAGGGGAGAUUCUCAGCCUUAGGUGCUGCAGCUAUUCCACCUUUACUGAAGUUGGUUGCUGAGGAAACCAGCAAAGCCCGUCUGAAUGCAAUCAAAACCCUCACCAUGCUGGCUGAGCUACCAGAGGGCCGCAAGACGCUCCUAGAUCACACAGACACAUUUCAGCAGUGUCUGAAUGAUCCCUGUGAGGCAGUGAAAAAAGCUGCCAAAAUUGCCAUCAGUGUCAUCAAAUGGAAACCUUUCUGA